AUGAAGUUCUUCACUCUCGCGCUGCUGGCUCUUGUCUCCAUUGUCAUCGCAUCCUCGACUCCGGCGGGAUCUACUAUCGAGAAGCGAUGCAACUGCAUUGCCGAGCUAGCCUGCAAAGACGGAUGUCGCGUCUUCGCCGGCCUGCCCGCUGGCCAUGUCUCCGAGGCGUUCUGUGAACUCGGAUGCACCGGUGCAUCUGGAUGCGGCGUCAACAAAUGCUAG